AUGUUCAAACAAGUCGUUUUAUUUCUCUCACUUAUUCAACUAAUGCAUGGCCUCUCUUUGAGAAGUAACAUUUGGUGGAGUCGACGUAGUGAAAGUUCACUUCCUGACUGUGACGUUGCAUUUGAUAAUGAGAACCCAUCACUUGAAGCAAAAAUUUGUGGCUACUGUUUCGCUUCAUGUCAACAACAACUAGCUACUUGUCUUCUAGCUCAAAUCAAAGAAUCUUUAAAUGCUUCGCUUGAAGAUUGCCAAGAAAAAUGUGAACAAUGCGAAAAACGAUGCCUUACUGACAAACGAACAAGUCGAAUAGCUGCAGAAAAUUGGGCAAAAGUUGUUGCCGUUUUACGACAAUUCAAUUCCUACUGGCCAGUCAAAGAAGAGCAAACACAAUCAACAGAACCAUAA